UGACCCGAUGCAGUAAAUGUGUGAUUUUAGUGAGUGCAGAAUUUAAUUUCAUCUGAAACGCAGCAAAAGGGGAGAACGAAGUUUGAAUCACAAGUGUAAACUUCAAACUACUCGCUCAUUCUCGCUUUUUCUAUGUUCAAUUUUUCUCUCUCGAUUCCAAUAAUCUUUGUUGUUUGAAGAGUUAUAAUCGAAGCUAUUUUGUUAUUGGAAAUUUAAGAGUAGAGGAUGAGUAGUACUAGCAAUACCAAAACUCCAAAGAAGCACGCAAACAAUUCAAACUCAACAACCCUAGAAAUUAAUUGCUAUGAAGGAGAAACUCUAACCAAUUUGCUUCAAUCAAUCCUUGGGGGAAUUGAAUCCGCAAGACAUUUAGAUGGAAGUUCCUUGCCAGAAAAGAUAUGGAUCAAGCAACAAUUUGCUAUAGGGGUCAAUGACGUAACUCGCGUCCUUGAGCGUAUGAAACCGAGUGCCGAGUUUGAAAAGUCAGCUCAACUCCUCCCUUCAGUCACAAGCAAUUAUAAAACAUCCUCAGUUAAACUUCAGGCUGUGCUUGUAGCUUCUGACUGUAACCCGCGUUGGCUAACAAAGCAUCUGCAAAGUUUGGCUGCAUCAAGGAGUGUGCCCGUGAUCUUUGUUAAGGAUAAUAAAGAAGGUUCUUUAAGAUUAGGUGAACUUGUUAAAUUGAAAACUGCCAUUGCUAUUGGAAUUAAGGUUAAAGAAAAUGUUAUUAAUAAAAUUCUUGAGGAUAUCAUUCAAGCCGAUCAAUAUAGGCUCCGACCUGAUAGACCAACUUCAGCUGGAAUAUUUGACGAUUUUCAAGACCCUAACAAAAAGGGAAAUGCUGUCACAAAUAUAAUCUAAUCACUAAGUUUAGGAUUAAGUGAUUAACCCCUAUUUUUGACCCUGUAUUCUAAAGAUGUAGUUUUUUUCUCUUUUUGGGGGGGUAAGAAUGGUGUAGUUCUUUGCAGCUUGCCCUUCUGUUACAUUUCUAAAAUUUUAAAGUUUGAGCAACAUAAUCAUUUCUAAUAUUAAUGUAUUAUGAGGAUCAAGCAAA